CUGGAAACACGGCGAGCACAACUACAUCAGGAAGUGGCCAAUCUCGUCGCACCGGCUCCAAAACCUCCAUGAGAGGUGGAGCUUCUACUACGACCUCAGCGAGGAGGCAGGAAACGUCGAAAAGCGAAGACAACAUCGACAACGUGUUGCUGCAAGAUUUCAACCUUUGGUUUGGAAACCAGGAGCAGACCAAGCGUGGCUACAUUGUGGAUAUGUACCGGCAGUGCGCGCCGCAGUCCUUCCACACCCCGCCUGGGGAGUUGGAGACCCGCGCGGUCUUGGCAUCCGUGGAUGAUUUCUUGCAAUCUCCCGAAGGGGCGGACCACCAGUCGUAUCUGUUUUUUCGGCAUAAACACACGUACAUGAAAUUGACCAACCUGCAUCUGAAGAUCAGCUAUGAAGAUUUACGGUGUAUCAUUCAUUGCAUUCAGUGGCAAAUGCAGUCUCUGUCGCGCCUGUGGCAGUUGGAAGAGUGGUUGGGUGGGCAGAUUGGUUCGGCAACUUCUCGUCCCGGGGAGGUGCUCCACCUGGAUCAGCAGCAAAACCAGCAAGGCAGCCAAUCCCAGCCAGCAUCGCAGCAGCAGCAACCGACCACGUUGGUACCUAUCGACCGCUACCGCUCCCACGACCUGCAGAUCAAGAGUGCUUCUUUGGAGCUUUUAAACGACUGCGGGCAGGAAGUCGCCUACCCCUUCUUCCGCUUGGAUCUGACCCGGGUGCGCACGCUGUCCGAGUCCAUGAGCUUUUUCGACCGGAGUAUUUUCAAGACCAGGACGGUGCACAAAACCUCUCGAGGUUUGUACGUAGACUUCUACGCGGAAUAUUUCAACCCCGUGGCGGUGUGCUACGAGCCGCUGUGUGAAGGCCUGGACCUGUAUCCACAAAAAGAAACGCAUCCCCAUCCAAUUUGUCAUGCGAAACAUGCAUAAAUUGAUUCGAAUUCCAAUGUUGGUCAUGCAAAAAAUGGAUGGGGGCGGGCGUCAUUUUUUCCUGCAUAACCUGUUUGGCGAGAAGCAGAAGGCGGCGGAAAAGUUUUCGUCGAACACAUCAGCCCAAAACGCCGAAGCCUACGAGGAGGUGCAAACGUUAGCGGACAUCGCCGAUGGCCCGGGGGAUGAGGAACGGCUGCAAAAACGGGCGGCCAGGUACCAGCAAAGGAGCAGUAGAUUCAAUCCCUUUGCAUCUUCCUCCAGUAGAAGUAGGAAUACUGCUGCAAAUGCGAGCAAUUACAGCUCGUCUGAUGCUACCGGGAACAUCAACCCAGACGUUGACUGGGAAACGGCGAGCAUAUCUUCGACG